AUUCUAUUCUAACCUCAAAGAAAAUCGCCCCUUUAAGGUGGAAAGGAAAAGAAGUUUAGGUGGCAGUGUGGAAGACAAUCAACGAGAUAGGGCAUUGGCGACAGUCCGAACAAUUCACCUUCUUCUGCUUCUUCAUCAUCACCAGCAUCGUCAUCUAUCUAUUCAACAAUCGUAUCUGUGACUUCAACUACCCUUUUGUUCAACCAUGAAGCUGAAGGCGUCAGUGAAUCGACCUCCCACGCCAGAUGUGGUCGAAAAUGCCCCUGAAAGGGAACCCACGCUUCAAGAACUCAUCAAUAUCAAGUUGAUUGAGACUGGGGAGAAGGAGCGCCUCAUGGAGCUUUUGAGGGAAAGGCUUGUUGACUGUGGUUGGAAGGAUGAAAUGAAAGCUCUUUGCAGGUACGCAAGUGAGUACUCCCUCCAAACCACUUUUACUCAUUCAGGCCUCUCAACUCCCUGUAAACUUCCAGCAACCACUGAUGUGUUUCUGGCCGAUACUGCUAUUGAAGACUAUGGCUCAGAUUUCUAAUUAACUCUAGACAUUUAGAUACAACUUUAAGUUUGACUGGGGGAAUAAACGAAUUACUUCUACUUUUUGUUUGGUGUCCGCUUUGUGUGUCUAUCUAGUGCUUUGGUUGUGUGUAGUGUUAAAUUCAUUACGUGCUUUAGUUGGCACUUAAUUCUAGAACCGUGUGACUAUACACAAAAUGAUUCCAUGGUAAUAUCAGGUUCUCCGUGGCUAUACAUUCAUUCAACUUUGCUAUUUUAUCUCACCCUGUUGUUCUUUUCUGAUUGUUUCUACCUUUUCGUGUUGAUAAACACUCACCUGUGUGAAAUUGGAACAUGUUGUCCUUUUUA